AUGGCUUCACAAUCAAUCAAACAAGCAGACAAACUCACCUGGAUUAUUGACAGUGGGUGUACAAGUCACAUGGCAAAAAAUAAAAGCUUGUUCACUCAUUUAGAUAACUCUUUUAGAACUAAGGUGAAGCUUGGAAAUGGUGAGUUGGUUCAAGCUAAGGGAAAAGGAACAGUUGUUGUGCAAUCCAAGCAAGGUAUUAAAUGCAUUCCUGAUGUUCUUUACAUCCCUUUCUUAGAUCAAAACCUCUUAAGUGUUGCUCAAAUGAUUAAAAAGGAUUAUUCCUUAUAUUUCAAAUAUUUAUGCUGUCAUAUUUAUGAUGUUAAUGGCUGUGAAUUGGUCAAGGUUAACAUGAUUGAUAAUAGUUUUCCCUUAGUGUCUACUGGUGUAUCUCAACAUGUGAAUAGUGCUAAAAUUGAUGAUUCUUGGAUGUGGCAUAGAAAGUUUGGGCAUUAUAAUAUGAAUUCCUUAAGGUCUAUGCAAAAUCAAGACAUGGUUAGGGAUAUGCCUGAAAUCUCUAUCUGUAAUGAACAAAGUGGAUGUGUCAUUAAAGCUUUGAGGUCUGACAACGGAAAAGAGUACACUUCGAAUGAAUUUGAUAAAUUAUGUGAGGAAGCUGGAAUUAAGAAUCAACUUUCAGUGCCUUACUCACCACAACAGAAUGGAGUUUCUGAGAGGAAGAACAAAACUAUUGUUGAAAUGGCUAAAUGCAUGUUGAAGAUGAAGGGACUUCCUAAAGAGUUUUGGGCUGAAGCUGAAUAUACAGCUAUGUAUUUACUGAACAGGUUGCCCAGUAGAUCAGUUGAAGGUAAGACACCCAUAGAAGCUUGGCUUAAGACUAAACCUUCUACAAAACAUUUGAGGCUUUUUGGUUUUAUCUGUUACAUUCAUAUUCCUGAUGCCAAGAGAGUUAAAUUGGAUGAUAAAGCAGAGUUGGGAAUCUUCUUGGGUUAUGCAGCAACAUCCAAGGGAUAUAGAAUUUAUAAUAUAAAAACAAAGAAAGUUGUGAUAUGCUGA